UUUGUGGUCCUUAUUCCAUGUUGUUUUGAAGUUUAAGCUACCUACUGGUAUGGAAUACGAUGAUGAGCAAAUCCAGCUUGCUCACUAUAUAUUUUUAGCCAAUUUGCCACCUGACGAAGUAUUGGUCAAAACCUCAAACAACUCUUGUACCAGGAAGUCAUUGUGGUCCUUAAGCCUUCGUUCAUUCGUAGAUGCUGAAGUUAUAACAGCGGUGGCCUGUCACUUGACUCUAGAAGAGUUGUGGACAAAUUCUAAGGACGGAAAAGGAGUGUGCUAUCUGCCUGCUGAACUACAGGAACUAGUGAUUUCAUGUGGAAUAACACCCAAGAGGGCAUUAGACCUAUACGAAUCAAAA